CGGUCUGACAACUGUUGCAGUGAGGAUUGAGCCAUUCCGGACGCAGAGGCCGACCUAAAGCAGUGAUACAGCGGAAUUUAUUUUUCCGCAGGGACGAUGAUGUCCACUGUGGAAGGGUAGCUCAUUGGUGGACCACUUUUUUUUGCAUGUUAAAGAUUCAGUCGCUCCAUGGGAAACGACUCGCACUAUAAGUGCGGGGACACCUUUACCUUUAAAGAUUCAAUCGCUGUUAUUGCCAGAAUUUUCUGAGAAUUUGUACUGCAAUGUCCAACUUUGAAACUACAGAUACUGAAGAGACAGUAACCUGUCUCCAUAUCACCGUCUAUCAUCCAAGUCAAGAGGACAAGCAGGUAUUCCAAGCCUUACACUUUUGCCAGCAACAACAACUGAAAGCUGAUGACCUAGUUAAGUUUGGAAGAGACUGUCAUGUCUGCCGUUUUAACUUUGUAGAUGCACGGGUUUCACGCAUUCAGUUUGCUCUGCAGUUUUUCAGACAUUUCAACAGCUCCGAGUUUGGUUUUGAGAUUAAGAAUUUGAGCAAAAGGUUAAAGCUAAUUGUGGACAGCGCUGAACUGGCCUACCUGAAUAAGGUUGAUUUGCCAGAGACAUGCAUGGUUUGCUUUGGAGAUUACCAAAUGCUACUGCGAACACAAGGAGGGCAAUCGGAGAACUAUUUUGCCAUUUGCUUUGAAUUGUCAAAAACAUCAAUGCUGCAGCAAAAAAACCUAUCUUUGCCAAAACCUGUACCUGAAAGUGGCAUUUUAUGUACUGCUCCAGUAGAGAUGGAUGAGACUGAAGAGAUGGAGAGUUCCAUUCACAAGGGAUGGAUUGACUAGGUUCAGUAUUAUGGAUUCUGUGCUUACCUCUUUGUCCGGUGUACCAUUGAAAUUGAAUGUCCUCCACAUAUAUAGAAGUCCUCGAGCCCGCACUAUAAAUAGGUUAGCAUUAUCUUUUGUAAGCUGCCACUUCACAGACAUUUUGCCAUUGUUGCUUAAAACAGUGGUGGGAAACCAGCUGGUGGGCUUCAUUAGCUGAUCAGGGGCACUUGCAAAGUAUUAUAUCUUUGCCCACAUGGUUUGAUUUCAAAAUGCAUGAGCAAAUGAAAAUUGGACACCUGAUGUCAUUGUGAUGUCAGGUGAUUGACAGGUGGGCAGCCCUAUCCACAUAUCAAAGUUGGCCUAAUGGGAGGAUGGGGGAGGUAAGGAUCUAGCUGCCAGCUGACUCCAGUAGUUCUCUACCUCAAAGUUAAAAUAUUUAAAUGAUGUUGCUGCCAAGUCCUAUAGCAUGCAAGUGGCUAUAUGAACACAGGCUUGCAGUGCUAUUCACCUUAUCCUCUAAGGCAGGAGUGCUUGACCUGCACCUCUCCCCGUGCUGUUGGACUCUGUGACGUCCUUCCCCAGCACCACCAGUGAAGCUCUCACUUGUGGCUACCAGCAGACAGGAACAUCAGGUUUUCUUCUUACCCUUUACAGCUGUAGCACAGAUUUCAACAAAUCCCCCUGCUAGGCCUUACAACCCCACACUCUGUAUCUCUUAUAACCUUUACUGUGUCUUAGUCCCUGCCAGGCUAUCUUGAUACCUUGUGUCUAUGGGUAUAGGUAAUUCCCAACCCCCCCUGCAGCCUCUUGCACUGAAGCAUACAGCCCUGGGUUUCUCUGUGGGACUGGAUACACUUUCCUCCAAUCCGCCGCUGCCACCAUUCGAUACAACUGUUCAGCCUUGGUUACUUGCUAUCCCCCCAUGUGUUUCCCAGCUGAAGGAAUCAGGCUUUUGUUUAACCAAGAAAUAUUUAUUUAGUAUUAGAAAUAACAAGAUUACUUUUAGAAUGUUUCACAAGUGUAUGGUUUCAACUAUAUUCUGUUACGUACUUUACUUCUUACUAAUUGCCUCAGAACUCCGACUCACUCUCAACAACACCAAACACCAUCCACCUCCUCAAUUCACCUUACAAUUCACCUCUCAAACACCACCUCACUUCACCACCUAAACACCACCUAAACACCACCCAGAUUCAACUGUCAUUCUUCCAUUUAUACUCCCAGCCAUUCAAACGCUCAGCCAAUCAUCCAGCAUUCUACUGCUCAUGUACUCCCCCCCCGUCUUUCACUCCACUUACCAUAUGUCUUCUAUAUAACUAGCACUUACCAUAUUUACAAUAUAAGCAGGAACAUCACAGACUCCACCUCCCAUUAGGUCCACCCAGCAUGGCCAAUGGUGAAGGAUAACGGGACUUGUAGUCCAACAGCAGCUGUGGGGUCACAGGUUAGCCACCUCUGCUCUAAGGGCUAUAUGAAUACUGAAGACAAAAAGAAAAUUCUGCCCUUGUUUACCAUCUAAGACAUCUUAGGUUGGCAUCUACUGUCACCUAAUAGUAAAACUGGCUGAUUCCUUUCAUUUUUAUUUUUUAAAUGAGUAAUGCACUGUUUUAACCAGACACUGCAGCGCUGCUCAAAUACAACAGAACUUGGAGAACUUAACAGAUAUGUAAUAUCUAAAGACUUCCUUUAUAUUUCAUAGCCUCCCUCCUCCAUUCUUGAAGGAAGAGCUGGUGAUCUAAAAAUAUUGCAAGUUGUGAAAGUAAAUAAAUGCAUAUUGGCAUUAAUACUGUCAUGCAAGUACUUUUUCUUGAGUUCUGUUUGGAUGCCAUGCUGUGUUUGCAGAUAUGACAACAAGCGUGAUGUAAGAAUGUGAGAUUAGGACUGGAGACUUGGCUUCAAAUCCACACUCAGCCAUGAAGUACAUUGGGUGAGAACUGAUCUAAUCAGUUGUGGCUCCCUCCUUAGUGAAGUCUGCCUGGCGCCUUCACUGAUCUUCAUUAAAAAAACACCACCUUUCCCCUUGACUUUUGGUGGACUAGGAUGAUGUCAUUUUCUGUUAGUGUGCUGCUGAAGCUUUUUACUGCUGUUAUGGGCAGCGUGAAGCAGGGGGUUGCUUUGUAUAUUUUUAAUGAACUACAUUUGUUUUUGUGUGACUGUGUUUAUAUUAUAAUUAUUUUUACUUAUGCUUCUGUUUUAAAUGUGUUGUAAGUCACCUGGAGACCUUUUGUGUGACAAGCAACCAACAAAUUUACUAAAUAAAUAAAAAAUAACCACUAUCUCUUAGCUUACGCUACUCAUCAUGGGUGUUGCAAGGAUAAGAGGAGGGAACAAAGAAUCGCCUACAUCACCCUGAGAAACUUGAGGAAGGGUAGGAUCAGAGCUUGGAAAAGUUACUUUUUUGGACUACA